CUCGUUGUGUGUUUAACUCCUCUGAGCUGAACGACAUCGAGUUAAUUUACUCCAAGUAUCACAAGAAAAAGGAGUACGCCAGGUUCAGCAGCAGUGUGGGUCACUAUGUUGGAUACACGGAGUACGGAGUGAAGAAUGCAGAACGCUGGAACAAUGAUCCUUCAGUACUGAGCAGCAUGAGAGCUCAGAAGGAGACCUACUGCAAACCCAACAUUGAUAAUGAUUACAGUAACUUUCUGUCUAAAUCUGUCCAACCCAGAGUCAGAGUUCAGUCUCUGGCGACCUCUGGUGGUCAUCACCCCUCCAUGCUGGUCUGCAGCGUCUAUGACUUCUACCCAAAGACCAUCAAGGUGAGCUGGCUCAGAGACCAGAAGGAGGUCUCCUCUGACGUCACCUCCACCGCCGAGAUGGAGGACGGGGAUUGGUACUACCAGAUCCACUCCCACCUGGAGUACACGCCCAGGUCUGGAGAGAAGAUCUCCUGUAAGGUGGAACACGCCAGCCUGAAGGAACCUCUCAUUACGGACUGGGACCCGUCCAUGCCAGAGUCAGAGAAGAACAAAAUCGCCAUCGGAGCUUCAGGUCUGAGUCUGGGUCUGGUUCUGUCUCUGGCUGGAUUCAUCUACUACAAGAGGAAGGCCCGAGGUCGUAUUCUGGUUCCCAGCAGCUGAGGUUCCAGUUCUGUUCCUGAUCUGAACCAGAUCCUGAAGUGGACCCUGCAGAACCUGAUCCAGAACCUCUCAGUUCCUCCUGAGGUUCUGUGAGGUUUGUGGUUCUGGUUCUGGUCUGAUCUUCAGUUCUUUAAUCACAUGAUAUCCAUGAUUCUCUGCUGUUCUUCAUAUGUAAUCUGGAACAUUCAAAUAAACUUUAUUGACACUCAAA